CGUGCCGUUUCCUUUGUGGGAGUGCCUUUCUGCGUUCUUCUUCGAAAGAAGAGUCAGUCGGAGAGAGAGAGAGAGAAACAGAGAGUCUUCUUCUUUCCUCACCUUCGUAGAAGUAGGAGAAAAGUUCUGAUCGGAAGACAAAGUAAGUAUAUGAGGGGCUAGAGUUUUUUUCUUCCCUUAAUCCAAGGUGUUUUUCUGGGACUGUAGGGUUUUCUGUCAGAUCUUAUUCUAGUGGUUCCUGAGUUGAUUGCAGCUCGCAGUUGUCGAUUUGAGGGGCUGAUUUUGGUAGAGUAUUAUUCUUCUGUUACUGGAUUGUUUCAGUUCUUGGUUGGGAGACGAAAUUCACGUUAGUUGGUGUCUGCGUAGAGCCAAACUGGGAGGGAAUAGUGGCGGAAAGAAAGAGGGGCAGGGCGUGAUCUUGUUUGGUGUGAAUGAAGCGUGGUUUGGGCUCUCCUGGUGCGGUCAUGGUUUUUGGAUGGGAAUUGGACGUGAAGGACGGAAUUCGGCGUCUUGGAGGAGGUCGUAGAUGAGGGAUGGGUUGCGUUCAAGGCAAGGAGGCCACGCCCGAGCCGCGGGUAGAGGAGAGGGUGAAGGAGAGGAGGCUGUAUGUUUCUUCCGGGAGGAAGCCUCAAGUGCCAGCGGCCAAAACCGAGACUCUCGGCGUCCGAAAUGGUGAUCGGAGAAGGGAGGAGAAGAAGUUAGAUGGCGUGGCGGCGCAGGGGGGGCCUGCCAAAGAGGGGAGGAGAUCGAAGCCAGACCCGCGGCGGAGUAACCCUUCGAAGCAUAUUCAUGGGGAGCAGGUCGCAGCUGGAUGGCCGCCAUGGCUUUCUGCUGUAGCUGGGGAAGCUAUCAAUGGAUGGACUCCUCGCCGGGCUGAUACUUUUGAGAAGAUUGAGAAGAUCGGGCAAGGAACAUACAGCAACGUUUAUAAAGCUCGUGAUAGUUUGUCUGGAAAGAUAGUUGCACUAAAGAAAGUACGGUUUGAUAAUUUGGAGCUUGAAAGUGUGAAGUUUAUGGCUAGGGAAAUUCUCAUCUUGCGGCGGCUGGACCAUCCAAAUAUAGUAAAGCUAGAGGGUUUAGUCACGUCGAGAAUGUCCUGUAGUUUAUAUCUUGUGUUUGAGUAUAUGGAACAUGACUUAGCAGGGCUUGCAGCUGCCCCUGGAAUCAAGUUUUCAGAGCCGCAGGUCAAGUGCUACAUGCAUCAACUGUUGUCUGGGCUUGAGCAUUGUCACAACAGAGGUGUCCUGCAUCGUGACAUCAAGGGUUCAAAUCUUCUCCUUGACAAUGCAGGGGUCCUCAAAAUUGCUGAUUUUGGUUUAGCUUGCUUAUUUGAUCCUAACCACAAGCAUCCCAUGACUAGUAGAGUGGUUACUCUAUGGUAUCGUCCACCAGAGCUUCUUUUAGGAGCAACUGAUUAUGGAGUGGGUAUUGAUCUUUGGAGUGCAGGCUGCAUCGUGGCAGAGUUGUUGUUUGGGAGGCCUAUUAUGCCUGGACGGACAGAGGUUGAGCAGUUGCACAAAAUUUUUAAGCUUUGUGGCUCCCCUUCGGAGGAGUACUGGAAGAAAUCAAAGCUACCACAUGCAACGAUAUUCAAACCUCAGCAGCCAUAUAAACGAUGCAUUGCUGAGACAUUUAAAGACUUCCCACCGUCCUCAUUGCCACUCAUUGAGAUGCUUCUUGCUAUUGAUCCAGCUGAGCGCGGCACCGCGACUAUUGCCUUAAACAGUGAGUUUUUCACAACACCACCAUAUGCUUGUGACCCGUCAAGCCUGCCACAGUAUCCUCCAAGCAAGGAAAUAGAUGCCAAGUUAAGGGAUGAGGCUGCUAGAAGGUUAAGAGCUGGAGGAAGGCCUAAUGGCGGGGAUGGCACCAAGAAAACUCGAAGCCGAACUAGUAGGGCAGUACCUGCUCCUGAAGCAAAUGCAGAACUUCAAGCAAACUUGGAUAGGCGGCGCCUGAUCACUCAUGCUAAUGCCAAAUGUAAGAGUGAAAAGUUCCCUCCACCUCAUCUGGAUGGAGCUGUUGGUUACCCCUCAGGUUCAUUGUAUGGCGAGCCUGGUUUUGACCCUUCCGAGCCUUCCCUGUCUUCGACAUCAUUCAUGUCCCAAAAGCUCUCUGGGUCAACAUGGUCCGGCCCCUUGCUUGAUCCUGUUGGCGUUGCACCAACAAGGCGCAAAAAGCAGAAUCACAGUGAGAAUGGCAUGGCUCCUGCUCGAACCUCUGCUCGUGGCCAGAAACUCGCAAGUACUUCUAGCGUUUCAUUAGAGCUUCGGAAAGACAAGCGUCGAUCUAGAGGAAAGGAAGCCAUGUUUGUAACUUCCUAACAGCAUGGGCAAGGUUGAGUUAGUCACAUGUUCGUUGCUGCAGUUUGAAGUUAGUCGCAGACCGACCGGAAAAGUUUCAUUUUGGCCGCAGAAAGAUGGGUGGUCUUUCUGAUACAUUUGUUAGUUCUUUUUUCCUUAGUUUCCUUACGUUGUUGGAUUCCUGGCCUUAUUUAUGCUCCAUAUGUAUAUUUAGCAUUUGUUUUUUCCUCAUAUCAUGCUGAAAACUAAUGUAAGUUUCCAAUAAAUAUAAUAAAGUAUUCGUUUAUAGUGUAA